UGGCUCAGCUUGUCACUGCGAUGUUGCCUGUGAUGGAGUCGAUACAGUCGAAACUACAGGAAUUCAGCGGCCUCGGCAAAGCAAGCCCUGCAGGCAAUGCAGCCUGUCCAGAAUAUGUGGCGUUGUUCAAAAGUAGUGAGGCUCUUUGUUCAGCUUUCGCAAUGCUUCUUCAAGCGCUGCAGCCUCUGGGAGUUUCAAUGUGUAGCGCUUGGCAGGAGGUCGUGGAGGAAGCGCUAAUGAAGCAGAAGGCAAGGCUGCAAGAUCUGGCCGCAGAGGAUCCCAGGAAUUGGAAUGAAGAGGAGGCGGAGCGUCAACUCUUUGAGUUCACAGGACUGUCUCGAGACUUGGACCGUUUGCAGCAGCAGCAGCGCCAGCAACAAGCAGCUGCUGCCCAGUUGCGCCGGCGGAAGCACCUGUCGAGUGCAGCUGCUGUGCAGCGGGACUUGCACAGAGCACUGGCAGAGGCCCUCACUCAGGUAGUGGAGAUGGACACUGCCGGCUGUGCGGUGCAUGCGCCCAGCGCUGGUGAAACUGUAGAGGCACCUCCCAUCCCUAGCGAUGAGGAAGCGCCCUCGCCGAGCGACUUGAUGGACAUGGGAGGUGACUCGCCGCCAGUGACUCUGCCGCAUAUUCCAGAUGACUUGCUUGACCUUUCUGGACCAAACUUGAUUGAUGUGUCGGAGCCUACAGAUUCCGUCGUGGCCACAGCUGCUCCGGCUGUGCCCUCUCCAGUUGGGGAGGCGCCCGAAGAUCGGGCCACCGUUGAUGCCGUGGAGCGAUGGAGGGAAGGCAAAAAUCUGCGGGCGCUGCUGGCCUCCGUGCACUUGGUGGCGCCCAACACAGCAUGGACUGCGAGGAGCUUGUCUGGCCUGCUGGAUCAGGCUGCGCUGAAAUCUGCCUACAGAGAGGCGCUGCUGACAUUCCAUCCAGAUAAGUUUCCUGACCAGCCAAUCCUGGGAAGAUGUGUUGUGGAUGCAUUGAUUCAGGCUCAAAGAAGUGAACGAUGAGCGCCCUUCCGUGCCGUGUGUCGGCUGUCAGAAGAUGUUCGAAAGUAACCUUGAUUGCAGCUGGCACGUAGACUUCAGGUCUGACAAACUUUCG